AUGGCUACGGCAAGUUCGAGAGACAUUUCGAACAUCCAGCAUCUCUUGUCACAGUAUGUCACGCAGUUGGUGGAUGGCUGCGGCAGUCCCUCCUGUCGCGAGUCCCAAUGUCAUACUGGACGACGGAAUCUAACACCUGCUCAUCAACCCAUACGCAAGUACACAGUUCGCUCCGCUCGAGCAAUUGCCCUAGCUUUGGUCGGCGGACCACAUUCGCAAACACAUUUGUGCCAGUAUUGUACUCGGUCGCGCUUAGAUACGAAUGCCGAAGUGCAAUCGAAGACGAAUGAGCGACGUUAUGACACAGGCUCCUUCACACAGCUGAUCUCACAGACACCUAGUGUACGAAAAUCAUGCAGCCGGACCAACCAUUUUGACAUACCCGCAGGCGACAAUGAUCUCGAGCACUAUCUCAGCACGCUUCAGCCACUCCUUGAUCAUGUUGACCCGAACACAUCCCAUCCGAACAUUCGUAGUGCCUCGGAUGCAUCACGCCGCAUAUCUGCUUGCAUCUUGAAGUGUCUUGCGGAUGUACCGAUAGAUAUCACAGCUAGCGGUGGAGCGGUGCAUGCGUGUAUUGCUUAUGGAUAUGCCUACCCGCCCCCAGGAGCUCCUGUACCGGGAGCAUUCGCAAAUCCUAGCGAUCCCAAGAUCUCCCGCUUCCUGGAUUACCUUCACCACGGACCCGCAAAUGCUCUCCUUGCUGCUGCUUUGAAGGCUCUAGCAAUGAGAGUACACCUUGAAGAGAAGCUUGCAUUUCUUGAUCAUCCUCUCUAUGUUAACGAGAGCGAACACUCGACUUUGAACAGUGAGCAGCCCCCGCGGGAUGUGCGUGGCACGCUAGACAUGUUGAUAUGGACGUUGUCUCAUACGUUGGACACGGAACGAUCGCCUACGCUGAUGAUGUGGACCAAAAAGUUGUUCUUAUCGCAUUGGGACGGCUCCUCCCUGAUAAGAAGAGACACGACCGCUUAUGGCGCCCUGGUCUGGAUGCAACGAUGCUCGCUGGAAACUUGUUGUGAAGAGAGUGUAAGGUUGUGUACACUUGCAACCGCGCUUGACGAGGUCCACGUAGCGGAGACUUGGCUCCAUCGCCCGCGCACCGCGUCUGAGGCCCAGCAUCUGCUCUCGUUCCCAGCAGUGUUCGACGUCACAGAGCGCUUGGGUUAUUUUAGAACUAUUAACCACUUGAGAAUGCGUAAAGCACAUUCGUUGGCAGUGAAAGCCGUAAUGCUCCGUCGCCAAUUCGUCUCUGAUGUUGACGAUGGUGAACUCGGUGAUCAACUCGAACACAAAGAAACACCAUACCUCCUUCUGCAGGUUAGUCGCACUAAUAUAUUGCAAGACACUUUCGAUCAGCUUUGGCAGCGUAGAGCCAGUGAGCUCAAACGGCCACUCAGAGUACGCCUUGGCGAAGUCGACGCUUUGGAUAUUGGGCAAGAUCUUGGAGGGGUGCAAAUCGAGUUCUUCAACCUCUUGUGCAGAGAACUGUUCGCAGAAGCGGCGCAGAUCUUCACCACAAACGUCGCGACAGGGUUGAGCUACUUCCGCCCUGGGAGUUUGCAGCCUUUGUACAUGUUCGAGACGGUUGGCCUACUCCUGGCGCUGGCAAUCUACAACGGCAUCACCAUUCCGGUCAGCUUCCCACGCGCAUUCUACAAUAUCCUCAUCAAUGGCCAAUCCUCAAACAUACCCUUGGCUCCACGAAAUCACAUACGCCUCGCAUCACGAAGCAACCCAAUGGACGCCAUCAAGGACGGUAUCGACGACGGCUGGCCACAGGAGCACAGCUCGCUUAUUUACAUCUUGCAACAGCAAGAUACGGAUCUGGGCCUGGAGUGGAGCUUUCCAAUGGAAGCAAAUGGCUACCGUCUGUACGUAACCCGGUUACAAGGUGAUCGGCUCGAUCAUGACGACGAAGUGGUUGGUGUUGACCACUCUGGCCCUACGGAUGGUGCACGAGAGGUUCAUGGUGGUGUGGAAACCCUAGACUGGCCUGGUUGGCGGUUUGCGGACGCUCCAUCCAGGCCAGUUGGGCGCGAUCAGUUGGGCGACUACGUAAACACUUAUGCUUGGUGGUUAGCGUAUGGCUGCGUCAGGCCACAGUGGCAGGCAUUCAUGCGAGGUUUCUAUCGCGGUAUCGAUCGCGAAGACCUCGCACUGUUCACGCCAGCGGAAUUGAAGUCGGUUGUCGAAGGCUCGACGCAUCUGGACAUUGACGAGCUGCGGAGAGCAGCACGGCAUGAAGGGUUUGACGAUGAUCUGACCUACAUUGAUACGUUUUGGGACAUUGCCAGCAGGUGGCCGGAGGAGACGCAGAAGCACUUGCUCAAGUUCGUCACCGCUGCCGAGCGGGUUCCGGUUGGCGGCGCAAGCAGUAUCACCUUCAUAGUACGUCCUGGUGUCGCAGAAGACCCGGAGGCGCUACCGACGAGUUCAACAUGCUUUGGUACGUUGACCUUACCCAUAUACCCGAGCGCAGAGGUGUUGGAAAGGAAGUUGCUGUUGGCGAUUGAGUACGGUAUGGAAGGGUUCGGGACCGGAUGA